UACAAGCGACCUUGGAGACGGCGGAUAUAAUAAAGCUCUGCAGGUAGGCACCCUGUCUCACACCAGCUAAAGAGGUGUAUUUUUUAUCUCUUUUUUCCCCCUUUGGAAUACAUGCAUUAAGAAGCUGCUUAAUCGCAGCGAGCUGACAGCACCGGAUAUGAAUCUAGAGUCGCAGGUGGGGAGAAAUCAAGACGCCGUGUGUUGUUGGUCCAGGGGAAAAAAGAUGUAUCAGGAAGAUAAUACAUUGAAUUUUUUAAUUGCAUUGCUAAUUUAAAAAAAAAAAGACUGAAUAAAAAAAACGCCCCAAAAAGUCAAGGCAUAUGCCAGGACAUUUUGACAUGUUGACAAGAAUUUCUAACAGCAAAUAGAAAAAAAUCAUUUACAAAUCAAGGGUCGUGAAAGACUAUAGCCGGCUUCCAAAUUACACUUUAAAGGUUUGCUUUAGAUAAUAACUUGUGCAGAGUCGUUAAAAAUAACAACACAAAACAAAGUGUGCUUUAAAACCAAACAGUUAUGUGUAAUGAUAAACAGGGUUUCAAUUGGGUAGUACCAUUCAUCAUUGCAAAUUAUAGUGUACCCAACUAACCAGUAUAGCAUUGCUGGAAAUGUGUGACAAGCAGAACCUGACACUUAAUGGAUCCCCAAGUGGAAUACUGAAAGUUGAGUGCUUAUCAAAUUCACAAAAAAAAAACUGCCUCUCCUCAUCACUGUCUGAAACCAAACGUGAUUUAUUUAACCUCAAUAAUGGUUGUCACGCAGUCAGCAUGCAAGGAUUGUGCGGCCACCGCGUCGACAAGAAGGACGCCUGGAGGUUGCGUUCACAUGACAACCUCGAAGAUGCAACAACCGGGGACCUCCUGCGGCCGGAGUGCACAUUCGUACUGCAAGCCUUGAAAACGAGCCAGGCUUUCGCGGUCUCUUUCGAGGAGUACUUCAUCUUACAAGAUGAAGCAAUAGUUAUCCCCACAACACCGUCGGCCAACGCUACCAAUUCCACUCAGCCAGACCUCUUCAGCCCCUCCGGCUGCAACAGCUCCUAUCUCCAAAUAUGGGACGGUGACGUCAUCAAUGACGUCAACCACCUCGUGACAGUCUGCGGCACCACCCAGUCCAUGCUGGGCCUCCCGUCCAACGUGGUCGAGUCCCAGACCCAGUUCCUCACCGUCCGGCUGACCGUGCACCCAACGGCUACGGUCAAUGUUACCAUGGUUACCACCUCUUUUGAUGCAGGACCGUGUACCGAUGAGGUGACCGAGUUGAAGUGUCAUAACGGGCGGUGUGUACCGAGAAGCGUCCGCUGUGACAUCGCCGACAAUUGUGGGGACAACACGGACCAGCGGCCUUCGCCACCGGCCAACUGCAGCCUGACAACCGUUGUCGAACCUGUCGACUUUCCCUGGGACGUUCUCCUGGCUGUGGCGGGGGCACUCUUCGCUGCAUUUGUGCUCUACUGGCUGUGCUGGCGACCGGGUUACAUCCCCUGGCGCCUUGCCUGCUGUCGCAAUCUCCUCGGCGGCUGCUUCCGGGACUGUUGCAGGGGUUGUUGCCGAGAUUGCGCCUGUCGCGCGUGCGCAAAGUCGGGACGGUGCGCCCCCUCCAGCUCCUGUUGUUGCCCGACCCGCCCGCCGGGAAGUUUUGGCGGGUGUUGCCGUGGCAACGGGUCUAAGGCUGCGACAACUGUUGAUGCAGGAGGCCACUCUGAGCCAGCUGGUAGCCCGGGGCAGUCUGGUGCCUAUGGCGGGAAGCGGAACAGGAGACCAAGAGGAGCUGCUGCAGUGGGUAUCAGUUACCUCUGUUGUCCGUGUGGAGGGAAUAAUGGGAACCAGACGGGACACCAGGGGCCAGGAGGGGGACACGACGAUAAGGGCAUGCCGUCGGAGAGGGAACUAGCUAAUUGGAAUACAGGGGGAGACGGGGGACACGUCCGAGAGAGUAGAUAAAUAAAAUUAAA